AUGGCACUAUGCUUGUUGAUAGUCACACUUUAUGUUGUGAUGAGUUCUUCUGAAUUGUGUUCAGUCCCUUCUUCCUUUUUUUGUACAAACGAAGAUUUGAAAGGUAUUGACUCUUCUUGCUCUUCUUUAAUAAUAGACCAACCAGACUCUGUAUUUCUGUAUAACACCAACUGUUACACUCAUUUAUUCCUCACUGAUUACAUUAUAGAUGUUCGAAUCAACGCGAUACUCAGUAUUGAUCCCCCAAGCAACCCUUCAGAUCCAAACGCAUAUUUUCCAUUCAGUCGAUCAGGUGGUUUAAUCGUCCGAGAAAACGUUUAUCUUGACAUAUAUGGGUAUAUCAAUGUGAAUAGAUAUAAGACCCUUCAAAUACUCAACAACGCAACACUCAACAUCGCUAACAAUUUUACACUCAGUCGCGAGAGUUACGAGGUAAACAAGUAUAAUAUUGUGGUUGACAUUAUGACAAUCGUGGAAAGUACUUUGACACUAAAGAAUUCACAGUCGAGUAUCAACACCCUUAGUGUCUUAAUCUCUUCCGACUUAAUUCUUGAGAACUCAGACUUAAGUCCCGACUCUAUAAGCUUUGGAAAAGGCACAAAUUUCUAUUUGAAAGGGAAUUCAGUAUUAACACCAACAUAUUUCAAUGCAGAUACAAGAACAAAGCCAUAUCCUUGUCUUUAUUUAUUGAAUUCUUCUCGAAUCAAUGGAUCAAGUUUCUUAUUUGGGGAUAUAGUCUAUUCAUCCAGCGCUAUAAGCAACUUAGUAAAAGACGAUACACAACUUGUCAAUGGCGGAUUUGUGGGGACUUUUAAUUUGACAGUCGAACAUAAAGACCCCCUUUUCACUUCAAAUGGAGCAUCUCUAUUUUUAGCACUAGAUGCUAUAGACUCUAUCACUCCAUGUUUUGAUUGGAUAUCGUCGUCUACAACUAUUUCAUUGGACUCUAUCUAUUCACUUAAAGACAGUUUCAUCUUACCAACUCCACGACUUCUGCGGUAUUGUAAAGAUAUCAACAAAUUAGAUACUACUGUAUUUUGUGAAUUAAAUGGUACACAGUAUAUCGAUUCUACUGAGAGUAUAAUAUUGUAUAUAGACUACCCUUUCACAUUCAAACACUGUCCGUGCUUUGGAGAAUUGUGCACUAUUCACUUUGACAAUACAGAUCAAUUUUACUCGAUCAAUAAUCAACAUAUCGAUGCAGUGAUUGUGGCAGAUAAUGGCGUGAAAUUGGACUUUACUCAAAGUUACACAACGCCAUUUAUAGUGUCUGGCGACAUCAGUGGAGUUUCUUUAUUUGGUGGUUUAAAAAUGCAAUUUAGUGGAGAUGGACUCAAUGUGAAAGUCGUUGGAAACAACGCGUCUACAAUACACAAAAUGACUAUCAAUGAUGGGAAUAAUAUGUUCACAUUAACAAUAGACAUAUCCGAUUUAAGUUAUUUCACAGGUGGGGUGUACACAAUAGAGAACACGAAUAUAGACAAUAUGACACUUAAUGAAGGUACUAUCAUCAUAUCUCAAAUGACAAUGAAUAUGACAUCCACUGUCUCAGGCUUAAUAACUAUCAACUUGAAUAUCCCUUUGGUUAUUAAUGGAGAUAAAUGCUACUCCUUCACAAUCGACUCAAACAACACCUUUUCAUGUUUAAAGAAGUGUGGAACAUGUGAGACUAAUAAUAAUAAUAAUGUGUGUACACCAUUAUCUGGUAGCACUGGCUGUUUAGUGUGUUCGUCGACAUCAGUGUGUCUAAUUUGUGCUGAUGGAUAUUACUUAUAUAAUGGCGCUUGUGUGCCAUGCACCACUAAAUUUUGUGAUCGAUGUUCAAGAGUCAAUGGAAAGUGUUUGUCGUGUAUGGACGGAUAUUCCCUUGUUUCAAGUACAUGUGUCGACUGCACAACACCAUUAUAUUGUCACACAUGUAGUGCUAAAGGGAUAUGUGUUCAGUGUCAAGAACCGUAUACAUUAUAUUCCUCUAAAGAGUGUAGAAAAUGUGAAGGUAAUGUAGAAGGAUGUGAUGUGUGUUCAACGAUGUUAUACGGUUGCUCUGUAUGUCAAGACACGUACUUUUUGAGGAACUCAAAUUGCACGAAAUGCACUGAAAUAUUCUGUGAGGACUGUGAUAAAGUGACUGGGCAAUGCCGCACAUGUAUGUCGGGGUAUUUUUUGAAUGACUAUAAACAGUGUGAGUUGUGUACAACUAAAGACCAUUGUUUCACAUGUUCUCUUACAUCAAACCAAUGCAAUGUAUGUGAUAAAGAUUACUAUCCAAAUGGUAAAGGGUGCAGUUCUUGUGCCUCACAGAAUUGUAAUGUCUGUGAUUCGACGACUGGCAGAUGUUCUUUAUGUACUUCAAAUUAUUAUAUACAGUCUGGCAAAUGUGUUCCAUGUUCUGAAAAGCAUUGUGCGUCGUGUACACAAGAUGGGUAUUGUGUUGGUUCUUGUGACUAUGGUUACACCAUGACAUUAGAUAAUCAGUGUGUACUUUGCAGGAAUAUAACUGGAUGUUCCAAGUGUUCACAAACGGAGUAUCAGUGCAAUGAAUGUCUCAGUGGAUACUUUAUGAAAGACAAUAUAUGUGUUUCUUGUGAGGAGAAAUUGGGGUGUUUUGUAUGUUCAACGACAUCUGACAACUGUGAUACAUGUCAAGGUGGAUUUACUCCAAAUGGGACUGAAUGUAUAGACUGUAGACAAAACACUUUGGGGUGUAAGACGUGUUCUGUAUCUUCAUACAAGUGCACUGACUGCUACGAUGGAUAUUUCACAACUUCGACAAUUAACAAUUGUGAGCCAUGUAAGACUAUUCACUGUUAUGGGACUUCAGCAACAUGUUCAAAAGAUGGGAAGUGUUCACAGUGUGAGGAUGGGUAUCUACUUGAUACCACACAGACUUGUCUUCCUUGUUCGACCAUCACCGGAUGUCUCAAGUGCUCACCAACACAAAAAGAGUGUUACAUUUGUGAAGAUGGGAAGUACUUAGACAAUAAGUUGUGUUAUAAUUGUUCCACAAAAGGGUGUAACACGUGUUCCGCAACGGGUGGAUGUUAUGACUGUCUUGAAGGGAAUUACCUUUCUGGUGAAUUAUGUUUGAGUUGUGUGCUCAAGCCUGAGUGUGCCACAUGUUCGCGUACAUCAGACAAGUGUGAUGUUUGUAAACAGGGGUAUUUCCCUUAUCUAUCGGGAUGUAUAAGUUGUGCCUCUAAACAUUGUACAGAGUGUGAUUCACAAAGUGGGAUAUGCACUACGUGUAUAUCUGGUUACUACAUAGAUAAGACUGGUAAUUGCCAAGUCUGUUCUAAAGCACUUUCGAAUUGUGGCGAGUGUACAUCGACUUCCGUCUGUACAUCUUGUUUUGAUGAGUUUUAUUUAAAAGAAAAUGAAUGUCACAAAUGUUCGGAAAAGAGUCAUUGUAUGGUGUGUUCUAAAAAUAGUGACACAUGCACCACAUGUUUUGAUAGAUACUAUCCAAACAUCACUGGAUGUGCAUUAUGCGAAACAAAGAAUUGUAAAGAGUGUGAUUCAACCACUGGAGAGUGUUCAGCAUGUGUUAAUGGAUAUUAUUUAGACAACAAAAUGUGUUCUAAAUGUAAUACAAAUUGUGCAAAAUGUGAUUCGCAAAGUUCUUGUAUAGUCUGUGACAGUAAUUACUCCAACAUAAAUGGAACGUGUACUCCCUGCUCAAACAAAGCAAAUUGUGUGACAUGCGACCCCCAAACAGACAAAUGUUUUGAGUGUGGAUUGGGUAUGUAUCCAAGUGAUGGAAAUUGUGUGACAUGUACUUCACAAAAUUGUUCGGAGUGUAAUUCUAUUAAUGGUUGGUGUAAUUCAUGUCUUAAAGGGAGUUAUAUGUCUGAAGGGAAAUGUCUAUCAUGUAGUAACAAGAUGCCUGGAUGUCUCAGUUGUAGUGCAUCGGACAUUUGUUAUGAGUGUAUUAACGAGUUGUAUUACUUGGAAAACGCGAUUUGUGUGGAUUGUAGCACAAAGGCGAAUUGUAUGAAGUGUUACUCGGAUCGUGAUGGUUGCCAACAAUGUGCAGAAACGUUCUACCCUGCUGGAAAAGUGUGUGAAACGUGUUUAUCGAAGCAUUGCACUUCUUGUGAUUCACGGAGCGGGAUCUGUACAUCCUGUACAGAGGGAUAUACAUUAAAGAAUGGGUCAUGUGUAGCCUGUGAAUCGUCUCAUUGUUUAAAUUGUGAUCAACAGAACAAACCGUGUGACAUCUGUGAACCCAAUUACUCUCCAAAUAGUGAGUAUUACUGUGUUGCAUGUGACAAAGAAAAUAACAUGCAUUGUGCACAAAAUUUGUGUUCGCAGUCGGAAUAUCAAGUAUGUCAAGAGUGCACUUUAGGGUACUACCUUGUCGACACAUUGUGCAACAAUUGUUCUAAAGAUAAGGGGUGUUACUUGUGUGACAAAACAAAUGGAGACUGUUACAUUUGUGAUUAUGGAUACUACAAACAUUCUAAGACGUGCUUAAAAUGUGGCGCUGAUAAUGUACUUCAUUGCAAAGAAAAUCGAUGUUCACUUUAUGAAGAAGAUAAGUGCAAUGAUUGUGCAUUGGGGUACUUUAUGAACAAUGGGGAGUGCGUUUCAUGUACAACAAAUGCAUGUAAGUUGUGUGAUGGUGUUACUGGUGUUUGCACUUCGUGUAACGACGAUGAGUACUUGGAGGACCACAUCUGCAAAAAGUGCGACGACUCAAAUCCAAUGCAUUGUCUGCCCAACAAUUGCUCUCCAAAUUCCACAGAGUGUUUGUCGUGUAACAGUGGAUAUUAUUUGUCUAAUGGAGAGUGUAGGGUCUGCACUUUAACUAAUCCUAAUUCGUGUAUACCUGGGAGGUGUAAAGGUGAUGCCGCAUCUGGGUGUCUAGACUGCAAAGAAGGGUAUGUCAAGAACGAGAAAGAACAGUGUGAAAGUGCUGCACUUAUUAUGGAAAAUUGUGAGCUUGCAGCAACAUACAAUUUCUGUGUAAAGUGUCGAGAUGGAUAUGUUCAAGAACAAGGCCAGUGUAUUUCUUUAAGUUGUGAUGACACAAUCCAAACUCAAGAUACGGUAUGUUCUUCACAUUGUGAAGAUGUUGUUUCCCUCACAUCGACAUGUGGAAUAAUUGAAAAUUGCGAGAAAGGAAAGGUGUCUACAGAUGGUGAUAUUUGUCUUGUAUGUGAAGACAACAAAAGUGUAAGUGAAGGAGUGUGUAUUGUAGAUGAAACAGAGGGAUGUCUAUAUUCAAGAAACGGACAGUGUUACAAUAGUGAAAUUGGAUAUUACAAUGGACUACAUGGUGUAGAACAAUGUGUAGGUAGCUUAGUGUGUAUAUACAACACAGAUACAAUGGGUACUGAAAUCUUUGAAUGUGACGAAGGAAAGGUAUUGACCGACUUUUUGGGGUUAAAAGUGUGUUCUGAUCAAGACGAUUAUUGUGCUGUAUAUUCUCGAGGGACAAAAGGUGUCACCACAUGUCGAACGUGUAAAAGUGGAUAUUUUUUGCAUUCAGGGAUGUGUAGUGCAUGCGAUAACUUUGCCUUGCAAUGUGAUUCCUUUGGCGUUUUAACAUGUCCAGAAGGUACAAUUCGGUACAAUGAAAUAUGUAUCAAUUCCAUAUUUGAGAAUUGUCGAACCGUUGGAAUUAACAUGAAAUGUGUAGUAUGUGAAGAUGGGUAUUACUUGGACAUCUCAGGAACGUGUUCUGCUGUGACAAAUGGGUGCAAAUAUCAGACUAUAGAUGGAUGUUUGGAGUGCUAUGGGAAGAUGUAUCAAAACAAUCAAUGUGACACUACCACUAAAUUGGAUGCUUCAAUACAAAUCAACCAAUCAAACAUUUUAAAAGCUUUAAAAGAAGAAGAUAAUAGUAGAAUAGUAUCCAUCGAAAAUUGUGUACGUGAAGGGGGGAGUGGGUGUAUGCGUUGUGAAAGAGGAACUUAUUUAAGUGGCGCUGCAUGUGUGAAAUGUCCUUCUAUGUGUGAGACGUGUUCAAAUGAGACAGUGUGUUUUUCGUGUAAUGAAGGGUACUACAAAAGUGAAGGUGAGUGUAUAAAGAUAGGUGAGGACAAUUCUUGCAAACACUUUUUAACGAGUGGAGAUGGGUGUUAUGAGUGUAAACCGCAUUAUUACCGGGAGGGCAUUUCAUGCAAAGAUUGUGAUACAUCAUGUGAAACGUGUAGCACAUAUAAAUCCUGUAACACGUGUAUUGCAGACUAUUUUAAGAGUGACCACAUGGACUUUUGUGUUCCACUUGACACAUUAACAAAUUGUGUAAACAAGACAUCGCGUGGGUGUAUACAAUGUGACACUGGAUACUACCUUUUCUUCUCCGAGUGCAACAAGUGUACUGAAAAUUGUGACUCAUGUAAAGGGAGUGGUGCAACUGAGUGUGUUACAUGUAGUCCUGGGUAUAUUCGAAGUACAUUUAAUUCCGAAUUUGGAUGCAUUUCAUAUACAACAGUGAGUCAAUGUGAAGGUGCGUUUAAUUCGACAUGUACUGGAUGUGCAGGGUAUUACAGUCUCUCAAAAGACCGGAUGUCAUGUGAGCAAAAGAGUGUAGAAUUAGCAACGAUCCCUAUUGUAUUUGGUGUAGCCGUUAUAGUGAUAUUACUAGUAGCUGUAGUAGUUACCUUAAUAAUAGUCUUCCGUUUCAAGCAGCGAGAAAAAGAAGCGAAUGUGGGUAAAGUGAUAUUCAAGAUGAGAUAUUCAGACAUUCAAUUUACAAACUCUAUUGCGACUAUAGUGUGUGACAGAGACGUGUUAAAUUACGACGAAGAGAACAUUCCUGUAGGCAAAGAGAAUGAAGAGACGUUUUACAUAGGGAAUAUAAGCGAACAUACAAUCAAAGUACAAUUCACAACAAAAGAGAGUCUCCCAUCAUCAAAAUAUUAUCUUAGAACAGAGCCUUCAAUGGUGACAUUACACAAAGGAAUGGCGUGUGAAUUCAAGUUAUAUUUAACACCGGCUUGUACGUGCAAAAUCAAUGACGACAUUAUCUUCUCUGUGUUAGACUUACAUAAAGGAAAAGUAUCAGAAGGUGCUCUUCGAGUAUCAGUAGAGACUGAUUGGUCGACUAUGAUAGAUUACGACGAGUUAAAAGAAGAGAAGAAGAUUGGUGAAGGUUCUUUUGGUGUAGUGUAUCGUGGUAUAUAUAGAACAAACACAGUAGCAAUCAAGAAAAUGAUACAACGCCCCGGCGAUGAUUCUCUUGACGAGUUUAAACUCGAAGUGUCGAUGUUAGACAAAUUCCGAAGUCCAUAUAUCGUCCACUUCUAUGGAGCUGUAGUUAUACCAAAUAAGAUCUGUAUGGUCACUGAAUUUGCACAGUAUGGGUCUUUACAGUCCCUUAAAGAUGUUAAUACGAAGGCGAGUGAAGCAUAUUCAAUACGGUAUAAACUCUUAUUAGAUGCUUCUAAGGGCAUUGAGUACUUACACAAUAACGAAGUGUUACACAGAGAUAUCAAGCCUGAUAAUAUCCUUGUGUUCUCUUUGGUCCCAAACGAGAAGACUAACGCUAAACUGACGGAUUUUGGGUCAAGUCGAAAUAUCAACGCAUUCACUCAAAAUAAGACGUUCACAAAAGGCAUCGGAACACCUAUUUAUAUGGCGCCUGAGGUCUUACAAGGUAUCAAGUAUGGAUAUGGAGCAGAUGUAUACUCCUUUGCUAUUACAAUGUUUGAAAUAGACGUUUGGGGAGAGGCUUUCCCAUCUGAAGAAUUUGCAUUCCCUUGGAUGAUCGCUGAUUUUGUGUUUAAAGGAAAUCGCCCGCCAUAUAGGGAAGGAAUGUCUAAGAUAUUAUACUCUGUUAUUGAAAAGGCUUGGUGUAUGAAUCUUGAGGAAAGAAGUUCAAUGGGCGACAUCGUGAAAAGUUUGGAAGAAAUUGUGGCGACAAAAAUUAACACUACAGAACAAUUUGUGAUCAAUGGAGACGAAAUUAAAACAAUUCUCUCCGAUUCGCCAAGACCAGGAAUAGACUCCCCAAAACAAACUCAAGAAAAAGUGCCCAAGAAAAAUCGAGUUGUUAGAAAAGACUUACUUAUUUAA